AUGAAGGUUCUAGUGCUGCUGACUCUGUGCGUGGCCGCGGCCACGGCGGCCGUCCCCGCCGACAGGAAGGAAGUCGAGUCCAAGGACAGCACCCUGAUGGCCAAGGACUCCAUCAUGGCCAAGGAUGCCAUCGUCGCCAAGGACGCCAUCAUGGCCAAGGACUCCAUCAUGGCGAAGGAUUCCAUCAUGGCCAAGGACGCCAUCGUCGCCAAGGACGCCAUCAUGGCGAAGGACUCAAUCAUGGCCAAGGACUCCAUCAUCAUGGCUAAGGACAUUGCCGCCAUGCCCAUGAUCAUCAUCGCGGACAAGGACGUCGCCGGCUUGGCCAGGGAGAUCGAAAUGGACAAGGACACGGUGGUCAUGCCCGUCGUGCAAAUGGACGCCGUUGAGCCCAUGAAGCCAGUGAUCAACAGAAAGCCCUUGACAGCCCAGGAGUUCAACACCCUGGCCAGCAAGCUGACGUUCUCCGUGUUCGACAAGAAGCCUUCCGUUUAAACAGUUGCAACAAUUAAAGUAUAUUUCAA